AUCCCGGUUAGCUUUUACCCAGGUAGAGGCCUUUCAGGGAGAGAGGCAAAGAAAAAUAUACAUGUACGUACUUCCGAUUAUUUUUAUUUUUUUUUUAUUUCCACACGUUAACUACACAGAUUAGCAAAACUGGAACGAUCGGCCCCAAACUGCAUCCUAGGCAAACACCGUUAAGCCGCGAAAUCGCAACGAAGGGAAGAAACACAAAAAGCGACAACAUGGAUUCGACCACCCCAACAGAUGAUGGCCUUGAUGACAAAAGCAGAGCAGCGGUCUUGCUAGGCCUACAAGAAAUAGUGCAGCGGCAAAAGGAAAACGUUAAAGUGAUGGACAUCUGCUUCAACAAGUGCGUCCCCAAAAUAGGGCACCAGCUCAGCUCCACAGAACAGAAGUGCAUUUGGUGCUGCGCAACUAGCUAUUUCUACACGAACGUCUUUCUGAACGAGCGGCUGCAACAAAUGACGAAGCUUCUCAAGUCGAGCGAUUAUAUGAAUUUGUAG